CUCGUAUAAAUAACCAAGACACCAGCACAGGCAUAACAUUUUCCCUGUCAAUGACUAAUUUCUUUCACAGGUCCGGGUCGUCCCUUCCAGGUUCCUUCAGCUUCUUUCCAAUUCCCUCUUUUUUGUGGCUCCAGAAUCCUUGGUUUUGUUAUUUUGACUUUUUCAAAAAGAAAGAAGAAGCCUUUUCACUGAGCCUUGGCCCUCUCCUCUUUGGCAGAGGCUGAUGUAAACAGCCGUGCUGGGCCAAGAAAGGCCCUGGCUCCGAAUUUGUUUAUUUCCUUGCUUAGCUUCCACCACCUCGAGGGAUCGGUGCAGCUCUGGAGGGGAUCUCAACACUGCAAGGAGUCACGGAGAUCUUUGAAUCUGACCUGGGUGACACGGGCCGGAGAAUGUCCAGCGUUUAUCCUGGGGCAGCGCCCAUUGCUUCUGAUGGAUCUUCCACACCCAGUCCUGAUUAAAAGACAUCAAGAGACGGGCAAUCCACCCUGUCCCUAGGGCACGGACUCGCCUGAACAUUUUGUUUUCGUUUCAUCUUACGGAGGGGAGAGCGAAGGCCUGGCCUCCCUCCAGCCUCCGAGGGGCGGACAAUCCCAGCCUGUGUCCGCAUGAAUGCUACAUUGAGAGGUGCGGGGGGGAAAAAACCCGUGAAGCUUUAAAAAGUGCGUCCAAAAAAGAGAUCUCAGAGGUUGGUGCUUCUCGGCGGAGCUGCGGGGACUCAUCAUGCCAAUGCUGAGACAGCCGCUGCUCUUUUCCCUUGGUCUCCUACUGUGCCUGCAGCCUGCCCCCAGCACCGGGCACCCCCAUAUCCCAGAGCUCACCAUGACCAGCUUCUCCGUCCGCUCCACCAUCGUGUCCCGCUACGCCUCCACCCGUGUUCGGACCGACCUGAGCAACCCCCACGCCGAGCCCAAGGAAGCCAUCUUCGACCUAGACCUGCCCAGCUCCGCCUUCAUCUCCAACUUCACCAUCACCAUCAACAAUAAACUCUAUGUGGCCGAGGUGAAAGAGAAGCAUCAAGCCAAGAAGAUGUACGACGAGGCCCGGAGACAGGGCCAGACAGCGGCUCAUGUUGGCACUAGGGAUCGAGAGACGGAGAAGUUCCGGGUCUCUGCCAGCGUAGCGGCCGGAAGCCAGGUGUCCUUCGAGCUGAGCUACGAGGAGCUGCUGCAGCGGCACCUGGGCAAGUACCAGCACGCCGUGAGCGUGCGUCCCCAGCAGGUGGUGGGGAACCUCACCGUGGAGGUGAGCAUCUCGGAGCGCACCGGCAUCGCCUACGUCCACGUGCUGUCCCUCCGCACCAGCCGCCUGCUCACCAACGCCUUGCGAGGGGACGCCGAUGUGCCGCUGUCCACCCGGGUGGAGAAGGGGAGCCACUGCGCUUGGGUUGUCUUCACCCCGACCCCGCAGGAACAGGUGGCGUUCUCCAGCUCGGGCAUCCUGGGGGACUUCGUGGUACAGUACGACGUGGCCAUGCCAGAUGUGGCUGGGGACGUGCAGAUCUACAACGGCUACUUCGUUCACUACUUCGCCCCCCGCGGCCUGCCCCCCGUGCAGAAGAACGUGGUGUUUGUCAUCGACAUCAGCGGCUCCAUGCACGGCACCAAGAUGAAGCAGACCAAGAAGGCCAUGCACAUCAUACUGAGCGACCUUCACCCGGACGACUGCUUCAACAUCGUCACUUUCUCCGACACCGUCCACGUGUGGAAGGCCGGGCGCUCCAUCCUGGCCACGGCCCACAACGUUCGCAGUGCCAAGGACUACGUUCACAGGAUGGAAGCCGAUGGAUGGACCGACAUCAACAAAGCCCUGCUGGAGGCGGCCUCGGUGCUGACCCAGAGCACGCCGGAGCCGUCCCCCAGGCGGAUCCCACUGCUCAUCUUCCUGACGGACGGGGAGCCCACGGCGGGCGUGACCUCAGGCACUCGCAUCCUGGCCAACGCCCGGCAGGCCCUGGGCGGCUCCGUCUCGCUGUUCGGCCUGGCCUUCGGGGACGACGCCGACUACGGUCUGCUGCGGCGCCUGGCUCUUGAGAACCGGGGCGUGGCCCGGCGUAUCUACGAGGACGCUGACGCCACCCUGCAGCUCGCUGGCUUUUAUGACGAGAUCGCCAGCCCGCUGCUAUACGAUGUGGCCUUGUCCUACCGCGACGGCGCCGACCUCACCCGCACCCUCUUCCCCCACUACUUCCAGGGCGCCGAGCUGGUGGUGGCCGGGCGGCUGGCCCCGGGGGCCACCGAGCUGCACGUCGAGGCCGCGGGCCACGGGCAUGCCGGGCAGCUGAGGCUGGAGAACGAUAUCUCGGCCAACGCCACGGAGGCCGCCCCGUUUGGCUGCUCUCCGGAUCUGGGGCAGAUCGGGCGAUUCGUCCAGCGCCUCUGGGCCUACUUCACCAUCCAGGAGCUGCUCCGGGCCCGGUUCCACUCCAACGACACCGCCGCGCGCCGUCUGCUCACCGAAAAGGCCACCAACCUCUCACUGAAGUAUAACUUCGUCACGCCCGUCACCUCGCUGGUGGUGGUCAAGCCGGAGGAGGAGGAGAGUACCACGGCUCGGGCCACGCCAGGGGCUCCUGCCACACCCCUGACCACCACCGUGGCCCAUCGUGCCACCAAAGCUUCCAGAGUCACGCUUGCUCCGGGGGCCACAUCCACCUCGCUCCCUGACGGUGCCACCAAAGCUGCUGCAGCCCUCCCCAACCUAGCCAGAGCCACGCCCGUCCCAGGAGCAUCUGCCACGUCCCAGGGCCCCUCCAAACUAGCCCGAGCCAUGCCGGCACCUGGCACCGCCACGGCAUCGCCAGCUCCUCCCACGGCCCACGGUGUCACCAAAGCAGCCAGAGCCACACCCGGAAGAGCACCCCAAGCUGGGAACCCCAGGGCCACGGCUCAUCCGCCGCCGAGCCCAGGGUCAGCUACGGCACCCCCCUCCAGCCAGCAGGAGAUGCCCCUGCAGCCGGCCACCAAGCGCCAGCCACAUCCCAGAACAGAGAGGGCCCCCUUCUCGUGGGGAACAGCAGCUCCCCCGGCCCGGACUGUCACAGACACCUGGACUGGCAACAGCACGGCUGCCACCAGCCCGGGGCCCAAUGCCACCACCCCAAGGGCAGAGUCCAAGGGCCCCCGCGGCACGCCGGGCGCCACGGGCUCCAUCCCACCUGCUGCCGACCUCAGCCAGUGGCUGCUUCUGCUGCCGGCAGAGUCAGAGCUGCUGUCAGCAAAGGACGUGGCUGAGGAAUUCGUGGAGUCCCUCCACCCGCCGGCCGUGUACAGCUUUGUGGCGGCCAAAGGAGAGAAGGGUGUCCUGGAUUAUGAAGACUACUCAGACUUGUUAGAGGAACAGGACGGCGACACAGCUGGCGUGGCAGACUUGGCUAGUGCCAAGUUCUUCACUUUCUCCUCCUCAGUGGACGGAGACCCUCACUUCGUGGCACGACUGCCUGGCUCCCCUGAGAUCCUGUGCUUUACCCUGGAUGGGCACCCAGGAGACGUGCUCCAGCUGGUGACUGACCCCCCCAGCGGGCUGUCAGUCCACGGCCACCUGGUUGGCGCCCCGCCACGGUCGGGCUCGGCGGAUCGGCCACGCACCUACUUAGACGCCAUCACGGUGCGGGUGGGGCCUCCCCGGCUCCGCUAUGUGAUCACCGUGACGCUCUGGGGCGUGGCGCUACAGGGGGAGGGGGCCCUGGAUCUGCCCUUCGGCCGCCCGGCCUGGGUCAGCCGCCCCGGCCUGGGCGUGCGGGUGGGGCCGGGCACCAACAUGACGCUGCAGCUGGGCGCCGGGCUGGAGUUCGUGGUCCAGCGCCAUCGGUACAGCCACCCCAGCCCCCUGCAGAGAGACCACCUGGGCUUCUACGUGCUGGACGGCAGCGGGCUCUCGGCCCAGGCCCACGGGCUGCUGGGUCAGUUCCAGAACGCUGACAUCCGACUGCAGCCGGGCGCCGGGGAGCGGCCCGCCCGGCUGCAAAGGGGGGGGGCCACGGUCCCGGCCACGCGCGUCACCAAGCUGCUGAAGGACUCGCCCCUGCCGGCCCACCAGGCCCCCUGCUGGCUGGUGAAGGGCAGCGACGUGGAGGCCCUGCUGGGCGGGGCCUACAGCACCUUCGUGGUCCCCCAUCCGCUGGAGGCGUGAGGCCAGGGGGCGUGGCCCAGCCACUGGGCAGGGUGGGGGCUGCCCCAUGGUCGGUGAGACUGACCCCGCACCGGGGUAGGACACGGCUUGUGGAUUUAAGGUGGCAUCGUCCCUCUCCCCCCUCCAAUCGUGGAUUUAACGUGGAAUCCUCCCUCUCCCCCUCCAAUCGUGGAUUUAACGUGGACUAGUCCCUUUCCCUGUGUCCUGCAGUCGUGGAUUUCACGGAACUCUCCCUCCCCACCACGAGGAUUUAAGGUGGAAUCGUCCCGACCUGCCGUGGAUUGUGGAUUAAAGGUGGAGUCUCCCCCUGCCCACAGGCUUGCUGAAUCACGGUGGAUCCCACCUCCCACUUAAUGGACAUGGGUCUUUACAUUAGGUUGGAUUUCCUUCCCCAGAGCACUGUGGUGACUGAAGGUGGAACGGAGAUGGGUUAUUGAUGGAAGGUGGAUUUUUCUCCCAUGUAAUUGUGUGUUAUUCAUCCGUUCAGCAUGUUCUGCCCCCCCCCCCCAAUCGCCCCGCAAUGGGGUGUAGGAAAUCGAAUUUGUAAAGUCAAUUCUAACUGCA